UCUAAGGCCAAGUGCGUUUUGUUUUGCAGGCACCAACUGUAGUUGUCGGUCAUAAAAAGCUGCUUGAAAAUUUGAAAGCAAAGCAUGCUGUUGCCUUUGAUUUGAGUUGGUGCUUGCCAAUGCCAAUACUACUCUGUCAACUCUAUAUAUCCUCAUAUUACUGGCCAUCCUUGAUAUUAUUGGCUAUUGCUCCAUUUUUCAGAUACUUCCAAGAAUCUCAAAUAUUAUUAUAGCACAAAUCUUCCCUUUUUAAACCCCUCUACCAAAGUGCAAAAUUCCCAAAAGAGUCUACACAAAAACACCCCCACUCUCUUUCUCUCUUCUGUCCCCCCUGUCUGUAUGCAAGAGAAACUGUCCCAACCAUGUGCCAAUUAUCAUCUACCUCUAGUUUGUGUGAAAGCAAUGAAGGGAAUCCAAAUCAUCAUCAUGUAUCCACAACCAAAACACAGGAAGAGCCUGACAUGUUCACCCUUUUGAUCCCCAAAUCCCCAACAAAAUCCCAACAACAAGAAAAGACCCAUUAUUCUUAUUCUUAUUCUCUGGCCCUCAAUGAAGCAAAAUGCAUAGUAAACAUUGCAUGGCCUAUGGUCUUAACCGGCCUAUUACUUUACUCUCGGUCUAUCAUUUCCAUGCUCUUCCUCGGUCGGGCGGGCGAGCUUGCUCUUGCGGGCGGCUCACUCGCAAUUGGAUUCGCCAACAUCACCGGCUACUCCAUUCUCUCAGGCCUCGCCAUGGGAAUGGAGCCGAUAUGUGGGCAAGCAUUCGGGGCGAGGAGAUUCAAACUCCUCGGCCUAACGAUGCAGAGGACAGUGAUUCUCCUCCUCCUAACUUCAAUCUUCAUCGCAUUCUCAUGGCUCAACAUGAAGAAAAUCUUACUCCUAUGCGGCCAGCAAGAAGACAUCGCCACCGAAGCUCAAUCCUACAUUCUCUACUCUCUACCGGAUCUCGUCGCGCAAUCGCUGCUCCACCCUCUGCGAAUCUACCUUCGAAGCCAAUCAGUUACUCUGCCAUUAACAUACUGUGCAGUUCUCUCAAUCCUCCUUCACAUCCCCAUCAACUACCUCCUCGUCUCGGUUCUUCACCUCGGAAUCAGAGGCAUUGCUUUAGGCGCUGUUUGGACAAAUUUCAAUCUGGUUAUCUCCUUGAUUAUCUACAUCUGGGUUUCUGGGAUUCACAAGAAAACAUGGACUGGAAUCUCCUCUGCUUGCUUCAAAGGUUGGAAAGCGCUUUUGAAUCUAGCGAUUCCGAGCUGCAUUUCGGUUUGCCUCGAAUGGUGGUGGUAUGAAAUCAUGAUUUUACUCUGCGGUUUGUUGAUAAAUCCUCAUGCAACCGUUGCCUCAAUGGGGGUUCUGAUUCAAACCACUGCAUUGAUCUAUAUUUUCCCAUCUUCGUUGAGUUUUGCUGUUUCCACAAGAGUUGGAAACGAACUCGGAGCUGAGAAUCCUCACAGAGCGAAGCUCGCAGCGCUAAUAGGCCUCUGUUUCAGUUUCGUGUUGGGAUUUUCAGCAUUGUUCUUUGCGUUUUCUGUGAGGAAUGUGUGGGCUUCAAUGUUCACAAUGGAUCCUCAGAUAAUUGCUCUGACUUCAAUGGUGUUGCCGAUUAUUGGACUCUGUGAGCUCGGAAACUGUCCUCAGACCACGGUUUGCGGCGUUUUGAGGGGGACGGCGAGGCCGAAGCUGGGGGCUAAUGUGAACUUGUGUUGCUUCUACUUCGUCGGAAUGCCGGUGGCGGUGUGGUUGAGUUUCUUUGUUGGGUUUGAUUUCAAAGGCUUGUGGCUGGGUUUGUUGGCGGCUCAGGCGGCGUGUAUGGUGACCAUGUUGGUGGUUUUGGCUCGGACCAACUGGGAAGGUCAAGCUCAGAGAGCUAAGGAACUCACUUCAUUGGAUUCUGGUGAAGAAGGAGGAGAUGAAGAUGAAGAUGAAGCUGCAAAACAAUGUUCAGAUUCAUUAGUUUGAUGAUUCAUGACCGCGGGAAAAUUAUUCUUUUAGCUAGAUUUUAGAUCGAUGAUUCAAAGGAUCAAAUUGGUUCUUUGCUUAUUGAAUUAAUUUUAAGAGGGUUAACAUUUUCAUUAUAUCUUUCAUUAUAUAUACUCUUGAUCUUGGUAUAAAAAUUUAAGUGUAUGAUUAACACAAAUUUUGUGUAUGCAUGAAUGUAGGAGAUUGGUGACUUUAGGGAACCUGAGUCAUGUAAAUUGAAUGAUAUGUGGAAGUUUGUUAAUUCAA